CGUGUAUUACGUUACGCAAGAAAUGCGAAUAGAUGAUCCUCUUCAAGAAACGUGACAUUUUCCAGUAGAUGAAGAAAGCUAUGGCUAAUAUUAUGAUACGAUAACAUCAUUCAAAAGGGCACUUAGUCAGGUUUAUUAGACAAUUAUGGCUUUAGCUCAACAGUCACUUGCACGAGUAUCAACUGUAUUCAAAAGAUGUAGACUGCACAUGUUUGGAAGGACAACAAACCCAACAUACUUAAUGAGGUGUUAUCAUCAUCACCUUGGUAAUCCUCUGGGCAGAAGAAGGAACGAUUCAGUAACACCAUGGGAGCUAUCUUCAUUAGAUGUGAAAUCAAGCAUGGAGUAUUUUUACUCUACUGUUUGUCAUCAAAGAUCAGGAGCUGCAAGUGGGUGUCUGCAAAUGUCACAGAGACAGGCUUCUCAAGUUUCUCAACCUCCAUGGCAAGUAAUGCCCUUCGGCAAACUUGACCAACCAAAGAAGAAAGAUUUCAAAGAACCCACCUCUUCAUCAGCUGUGUCUGUUCUGGAUCUGGAUGGCCAUGCAAUGUCAUAUCUUGAGAGGCUCCAUGAUGCAGACACUCCUCCAGAAGUUUUGGCAGUCCUGCAAGAGGGUAGGAAUGACCUUUCCAUUGUGCAUUAUAGUCGUGCUCUUGGAAGACUCGCUGAUAUUUACCGUGACAAAAAGCAAGAGGAAGGGCUUGUAAGAAGUAACAUGGCUCCUGUGUUAUAUGAUUCAAGAUUCAGGCACCUGUGCCAUGUUGUCCUCCGACAGUCACGACACCUGGAGAAUGAUUUAUACCUAGACACUCUAAAAGCAUUGCAGAGGUUGAAGAUUCCUCUGAAGAGCAGCAUGAUGUAUACAUUUUUAGUGCAAGCUGAACAGCGUGUCAAUACGUUCAAUGCGGCAGAACUAGCCCAGUUUGCAGGUAUCUUGAGCCUAUAUGAUCAUAAGAAUCCAAGGGUGCAAGCUCUGGUGGAUGCAGUUGGUAUCUUGAUACCCAGACAUAUUAAUGAUUUGAGGACCUUCCACCACACCCUGAUCCUGAUCAAAGUAGUGGGUACGUCACUGGAUGGUGUAUCUCGAGGCAAACUAGCCAACUUGCUUCUUGCCAUUCUAGCUGCAGAUGAGGAGCGUUCUUUGGAGAACAUUACUCAGGCUGUCCUAGCUCUUCAUCAGAUGGACUACAAAAUAGACAUCCUCCUGGAAUUAGCGUGCCCAGUACUGACUCAGAAUAUGAAAGAUCUAUCGGAUUCUGAUCUCCAUAACCUGCUGUGUGCAUUCAGUGGUCUCUGCCAUGCUGAUCAGGACUUCUUUGAAGCAGCAUCAGAGAGAAUCCUAGAAGACAUUGACAAGUGGAGUUCUCCUUGGUUGAUCAAUGUUGCCGAAGCAUUCAGUGUCGUUGAGAUCAAAGCACCUUUUCUUCUUGACCGAAUUAUCAGGAGAGUGAUGGAUAAUGGAGUGAGGGAGAUCAGUCUGAUGGACAUGACCAAACUCAUCUGCAGCUUGAAUGCUCUAGGCCAUAGACCCCCAUCCAGCUGGGACUUUGAAAACUUUGUCACUAUGGCUACCAGAUCAUUGGUAUCGGACACUUCUAGGUUAUCAUCUGCGGACUGCAGGACUGUGUUGUCUUUAGCUCACUCUCUAGCAUCACUAGGCUACUUCCCUGCUGACCUCUGGGAGUUUAUAACCAGUAGAAAGUUUGCCAACUGUUUCAUGAUGGUCAAAGAUGUCAAAGAGUACAAGAAGAUGAUCAGCGAUAUCAAGAUCCUAACUCAACAACUGAAAGACAGUCAUCAGGAUACAGCCGCCAUGUGGGCUGACAGCAUACAGAAGUUACUACCUCUGCAAUGAUAUUAGCUUGAUACAAGAUGCUGUAUCACAGCUUAUUAAAUGGAUGAGAGAACAGACAAGAUAGUCUUUAGCUUAGAGCUCCCAAAGUACUCUGGAAACAGUAAAAUAGCUCUGUUAAAACAAAAGCAAUAUUUGAACAGCAUUGCAAGUAAAUCACAAUUGUGACUAUAUCCCAUUCAAAGAGAGCUUUCAUGAAAAUAGGUACAUGUAUUUUACUUUGCUUUACCUAUUAGCUACACUGUGGCUUACUUGCUCAUUAAUAUACCCAACAAAAAUUACUUUUGUCAAUGUACAGGUUUGGUGCAAAGGUUAGAUGCUUUCUGUCUGUCAGAGGUUUCCAUGAUAUAUUACUAUUAUGUAUGUGGAAAAUGUCAGAGUAUUGUGGUCUCGAAUUAGCAUGGAGUCCAGUAUCAUUAUUGUGCCAGUUAUUUUCCUAUGUACAAAAAUGUAUGUAGCUGUACAAUUCUGAUUAAAAAAAAUAUUUGCCUCUGAAAUAAAUGCUGCAGAAUUAACAUACUUUUAUCUUCAAUAUAUUGAUGGAAUUUUUAGACCUCUUACCCUCUAAAUCUUAAAUAAGAAAUGUUACAAGUCCCCUCCCACCCC